AUGGCCGAAGCUGGCAAGGUCAAGCCAUCUUGCCCGGAAGCAUGCACUUGCAUCUUCCAACCUGUACUCGUCGACAAGCUCGAUCACGGUGAUGACAACGCUCCUGCCCGUGUCUAUCCAUCUGAUGAUCUUCAUCAACGAUAUCGGAUCACUACUGAUAUCAGGCCCCUGAACCACCUUUCACUGCGGACAGACAGCAAUGGUCGCUUCGUCUAUUACCCGCAAUCUGUGGUACGAGAUCUUCCUCCCACUUCUGAUGUUACCUCUAAACAAUAUCAGUCGUCGGCCAUCGAUCAACUCCGUCGCACGGAUAUUAACCACUGCAACUUCUGGUGUCGGUUGGAUCUGGUGGAUGCUUUCGGCUGUGCUCGAAUUCAUCCCACUCUGAUGACAAAGAUAGCGACCACUAGCGUCGACCCUAUCACUGGCAAAGAGCAC